AUGGACCGGAACUCCAGCGAGCGCCUAAAGCGACGCAUUGCACUCGUCGCGAUGGAACUGGCGCGCUACCACAUCGAUAUUGCGGCGCUCAGUGAAACCCGGCUCGCUAAGCAAGAUAAGUUGCAUGAAGCAGAUGCAAGCUACACAUUCUACUGGGUGGGCAACGCCGCCUCAGCACCACGUGAACAUGGAGUCCGAUUUGCAAUAUUCGAUCGCCAAAAUGGCCAGCUGGUGGUUGAGCCGACUGAUGCCUGCUCUCUACGAUUCGGAAGAGGUAAGUUUGCCAUCUUUAUAAGCACGUACGGUCAGGCCAUGUGUUAUCCUGAUGACACGCGUGAUCAAUUCGACACUGAGCUAUUUUCCGUGAUACGGUCUGUGUCAGGGAGCGACCGACUAUUUCUGCUGGGUGAUUUUAACGCGUUCUUUGGGUGUGAUACAUCGGUGUGGACAGAUUUCAUCGACCAGCAUGGCAUUAGUUCAGCGACUGCGAACGGUGACAGGCUGCUCUCACUGUGUGCCACUCACGGCCUGACGAUCACGAACACUCAGCUUGCAGUGAGUGCGAGUGAUACAGCAACUUGA